AUGACGAUAGCAACCUCGGCUCCACCAGAGUCUGUUGGAGUAGAUCCGUUCUCUUUCUCAGGCUUUCUUUAUGUUGAAUUUGACAAGUACGCCUUUCCAUUGCGACGUCUCGCUAGGCCCGACGGCGAGCCACUGCGCUUCGACUUUACCGUUGCCUUUGAGGAAUCUACCUUUUCCGUCACACCUCAUGCAGGUACAAUUCCCGCCGACGUCCCGGAAGCGCGGUUCAUGGAACAGAGAAAUCAAAUUUCUGCCAUGGAUAAAUGCACCGUAUUUCUUUCAAUGACCCUACCCGGCCGUCGGUGGCCAAGAGUCCCGUGCUCGAGGGAAGCGAUGCAGUCUCUCGCGACGAACCACCGGAAUAGGCGCGCCGGCGCCGGCGGACAGCACGAGCGACGCCCCGGGAACUGGAAAAGCCGGGGUGGUAUCGAGAUUCGUAAUCUUUGCGCCUCGGGUAGGAGCCCUACGCCGGCUUCGGUUGCUUCAUCCAAUCGAGCAUCAGUGCGCUUUUGGAUGCGUCAAUGGGCGCGAAUAACCGGCCGGUUGCUGCGACAGCUCCCUGCGUCUAUCCAGCCCGGAGAAAGGUCACCAUCUGCGGUACCGGUCAGCUCCUCCGACUAUAGCGACACUACCACAAGUGACGGUGUCGACAUUUCCCUCGUGCCGCUCGACACGCUCCGCGCCCGUCUCCUCAGCGUCUCACAAGAGCUACUCCUAUUCUCCGUCACGACUUGCUUUAAUCUCCGCCCCGGUGGCAGGUGGGAGGAUCCGUGUACCGGACGAGGCGACGAUCGUGGUGGAUGCAGCGACAGAGCGCUUGACGAUGCGCUUGACGAUGGUCAUGGUGGCCCUACACGGUGCUGGCCGUGGCACAUCGGCUAG